UACCCCCAGCAGUGUUCGCCUUAAUGUCUGUGUGUCGCUAGUGGUUGUUGUUUAAUACGGACUGUACACGUAGAAGCCAGACUGGGUUUUAAUCCUUGAAGAUAUAGUUCUGUCUGCGUAUGGAUUCGAUGGACUGAUGGUGUCUUAAUCACUCUAUAAUUCUAGAGUCAAAUCCCCGAAUAAGUGCGUGUAGCCAUGGGCAUGUAAUGUUGAAACUGACUCGUGGAAUAGAUCCAGCUCUUCUUCAGUCAAGUUUGGCAGCCACUUUGCAGUAUGACGUCAUGUAGAUCCCAAGCAUAAACAACCACCAUGGGUUGUUGCGAUUGCGAUACUCGCGUUAAACCUUUAAAGGGUGACGGAGUGGAGCAAGUUGAUGAUGGUUUUGACGGUCCCCUUGACGACCGCAGCUGCCGUGACGUCAUCUGCCUGUUUCUCUUCUUGGCCUUUUGGGUUGGAAUGGGAUACAUUGCCGUGGUGUCUAUCAUGGACGGCCAGCCUGAGCGAAUCAUCUUUGGCGCCGAUAGCUACGGCAACGUCUGUGGCAAGAACAACGGGCUAAUCCCGGGGGUCAACCUGUCCGGGCAAAACCUGAUCGAUAGACCGUACGUGUUCACCUUUAACCCGGAGUCAAUUAUAAACCCAGCGACACCCACCAAGAUGCUGUGUGUCUCCGAGUGCCCGGAUGUUGCCCUCCUGAUCAAAAAUGACAUCACGGAGCUGGCCGAGAAUCGCUCCAUCUUCCUGUGCGACUACAACCUCGAGCCCAGUGACUACGCCGCGGCCCAGCAAGGUCACCUCGCCGCUUGCCCUGGUACACCUUUGGAUGCCAGCACUGCCAUCUUCAACCGUUGCAUUCCAUCGUCCGCCAUUGGCAUCGCGUCUUCCUUGCUUGACAGCGACUGGUUAAAGAGAGCCGUGGCAGAUGUCGAAAAUUCCUGGCGCGAGAUUCUCUACCUUUGUUUGAUUUCAUUCGGUCUAGCCAUAGUCGUAUUGAUUUUGCUCCGGUUCUUCGCUGGUGUCCUUAUCUGGACCAUGGUGUUUGUGUUUAUGAUCGGGAGCUCGGGUGGGACCGGAUACCUGUGGUAUCGUUGGUGGCAGGAAAAAUCGAUCCUAGACGCUUUGCCAGCUAAUGCUCCGAAAGAUAAUCAAGAGCACACAGUUAAGACCAUGCUGGCCUACGCUGGAAUCGCUAGUGGUGUUACGGUCAUUCUGCAUUUGGUGCUACUCGUCAUGCGCAAACGCAUCGCCCUUGUGGUGGCGCUGUUCAAGGAGGCCGGCAAGGCUGUCGCAGAUAUUCCGUUCCUGCUUCUUCAACCUGUCUGGACGAUUCUUGCCAUGGCAGUUCUAUGUGCUUACUGGGGCUUCGUGUAUCUGUACCUGGUGACUGCUGGCAAGCCCGAACUUGACAACGAGACCGGCUUUGUUACCUACAAAUCCAACGAAUUAGGACCAUAUAUGUGGUGGUACCAUCUCUUCGGCCUGCUGUGGGGCUCCCAGUUCCUAGUUGCCUGCCAGCAGUGCGCCAUAGCGGGCGCUGUUGCAGCCUGGUUCUUUGCGCGGGACAAGAGUCGUCUCAACUGGCCAAUCCUGAAAUCAAUCCAGCGCAUUAUCAGAUAUCAUCUGGGAUCUCUAGCCUUUGGUUCCUUCAUCAUUGCACUGGUUAUGCUGGCUCGCAUCAUACUCGGCUAUAUCCAAAACAGGCUCAAACAUUCACAGAGCGACAUCGUGGCUUACAUCUUGAAGUGCCUUCAGUGUUGUCUCUGGCUGUUCGAGAAAGUCCUCCGCUUCAUCAACAGAAAUGCCUACAUUGAAAUCGCUAUAUACGGCUACAGUUUUUGCAAGGCCGCACGGAAGGCCUUCACUCUCAUCGUUUCCAACGCCCUGCGGGUCGCUGCCAUCAACUCCGUGGGGGACUUCGUGCUUUUACUCGGCAAGGCGGUGGUGGUGGCUGCGGUGGUGGUCGUGGGCAUGCAGCUUCUAAAGGACAAGCCCGAUAUACACUACGAAUUUGUACCCAUCACAUUGGCCGCCAUCUUCGCCUUUCUUCUCAGUCAUAUCUUCCUGUCGGUGUACGAGAUGGCGAUUGAUACGCUUUUCCUGUGUUUCUGUGAAGACUGUGAAAGGAAUGACGGCAUCACGAAGCCAUAUUACAUGAGCAAGGAUCUCAUGAACUUUGUCGACAAUGCCAAGAAAGCACAAGACAUCAAGGACAUGAAAAGACAGACUAAGCGAGCCGCUCUUCAUGCAGCUACCGACAAAAUGUAGACUGCUCUGGACACAUCAUUUAAACCACCCGAAAUCAGUCUAAUUUAUAGUUAUAAGGUCGUUUUAAAAACUGGAAAUCGCUACAGUGAAAUCUCCGCGUUUCAAUAAUCAUGUUCAGAAGUGCUUUAAUUACGCAACGAGUUAUAAAACUUGAAAACAGUAAUGUCUUUAAAGCAUCGAGGACUUGCCAUAAUUGUAUAAUGUAAUUGAUUUGUAUAUACAUGUACAUGAUUGUAGUAUGGGCACUGAGGUGUACCUCAUGCUAUCCACACGGUUUUUGUCUCCGUUUUUCUUUCAACAUUAUAAAUGUAAAUAUUCUUGAUGAACAGCCUUUUAACCAUUUUUUACACAGCCUAUAGUAAAAAGCAGAUUGUAUUCACUAUUAGUCUGUAACAUCAGGCGAAAUGGAAUGGAUAACACAUGUACAUUGAAUGAUUUGUUGUCAGUGUGUCUUAAAAAGACAAUAGCCAAAACGUCCUUUCUUUGUGGGAUUACAAAUUUCAAAGAUCGGCAACGAUACUUUUUUUAUACUGAAGAGUCCAAAUCAUUGCUUAAAAAGACUGACAAUAUAAGCAAAAUGCAUAAAUAAAAUUUCAUGCAUGUACAUGCAAUGAGUUUCCAUGAUUUUGUGCAAAAAAGGCAAUAAAAAUGUUGUAUCACAAACUACAAGACAUGCAAUAGAUGCAGACUUA